CGAAACAGUCUCACGCGCUGUGACACCCGCGCGUAAGUGCACGACGACUGAUCCCCUUGUCAAGAAGACAGCCACCACAUCCACCUCCGAAAUUUACAAAAGAGGAGGGUCACCGUCGUCGUCGUCGUCGUCGUCAACUUUCGCUUGCGGACCAGACGAUUUCUCCGAUGAAUUGGGUUUAAAUCAUCAUUUUAGAUUCGAUUCGUUCAUCUCCAUGAACUGCUGCUAGGACAAAAAAAUGGAGGCUCGUCCGGUUCAGAGAUCAGGCUCUAGAGAGCUCAGCAACCUCGCUCGCACUUCUUCAAUCCCACCAUCUACACCAAACUCGUCUUUAGCAGCAGAAGAUGCUUUCAUCAGAUCAGAUCACAAGCCCUUAGGACAACAAACCUAUCACUUGCUUUCUUCAAGUAACGGUGGAGCAGUUGGACAUAUAUGCUCUUCCUCAUCAUCUGCUUUCUCAACAAAUCUCCAUUACUCAUCAUCUAUGGUGUCUCAGAAGAAACACUACGCCGCAGCAGCGUCGAGCAAUGAUACUUCUUCUUGGUGCCAUGAUUCACUGCCUGGAGGAGGAGGGUUUCUUGAUUUCCCUCAAGACCACCAGGCCGUUCAAAACAACAGCCAGAUUGAGGACGGUUGCAUUGGCAUUGGCAUUGGCAUUGGCGCGGCGUUUGAUGACGACAUUCAGAAACCAAAUGAUUGGCAAGAAUGGGCUGACCACUUGAUCACCGACGAGGAUCCUUUACUUUCGACUAACUGGAAUGAUCUCUUGUUUGACACCAGUUCCAAUUCAGACACAAAGGACCAGAAGUCUCUGCAAAUCCCACAGCAACCCCAGAUUGUUCAGCAGCAACCUUCUCCCUCUCCGUCUGUGUCUGUGGAGCUGCGACCUGUCAGCACAACGUCUUCAAACAGUAAUAACAAGGCAAGAAUGCGUUGGACGCCAGAGCUUCACGAGGCUUUUGUUGAAGCUGUCAACAGUCUUGGUGGCAGUGACAGAGCAACUCCUAAGGGAGUGCUGAAGAUUAUGAAAGUUGAAGGAUUGACUAUUUAUCAUGUCAAAAGCCAUUUGCAGAAAUAUAGGACGGCUAGAUAUAGGCCAGAACCAUCAGAAAGUGGCUCGCCGGAGAAGAAGUUGACACCGCUUGAACAUAUAACAGCUCUUGACUUGAAAGGUGGGAUAGGUAUUACAGAGGCUCUGCGACUUCAGAUGGAAGUACAGAAGCAACUCCAUGAGCAGCUCGAGAUUCAAAGAAACCUGCAACUCCGGAUAGAAGAACAAGGCAAGUACCUGCAAAUGAUGUUCGAGAAACAAAACUCUGGUCUUACCAAAGGGACAGCCUCAACGUCAGAUUCACCACCCAAAGAAGACAAGAAAACCGCUGCUGAUUCAGAGGAGGUCGCACCAGAGGAGGAGACAAGGAAAUGCCAACAAGAGCCAGAAUCUCCACAGCCAAAGCGCGUCAAAACCGACAAAUGAAAGAAUCUCUAUCUACUAGGAACUUGGUGUUUUUGCUGGAUCGUUUCGUAGUUUCCCGAGUGUUUAACAGUUAAGAGAGAUGAAGAAAGAAAGAGAGCUCUCUUGUCUUGAGGGUCUUCAGGACUUGCUCUCUCUACUGUUUCAACUAUUUUUUCUGAUGGAAGACUCUCUCAACUCUGCUGUGUAGACAAAACUACAGAUCCCCAAAGACAAAAUAAGAGUUUAAGUUUGGGAGAAUCUUCAUCAUUUGAAUGUAAUCUAAAAUGCUGUAACACAUCGUUAGUUUACGGAUACAGAAACUAUGUUUUAAUAUUUUCUAGAAUAUGAAACCCUCACUUUGUUUUCUCUUAAA